CCUUGCUCAUCCCGGCGCCCUCCGCUCCUGGGCCCGGGGGCCGCGAUGAGCUGCCGCUCCUGCGUUGUUGGCUUCAGCAGCCUCAGCAGCUGUGAAGCGACCCCAGCAGGCAGCCCCUGGCCCGGGACUUCGGGAUGGGGCAGCUGCGGGGCCCCCGGGCCGAGCUUCAGCUCCCGCAGCCUGACAGGCUGCCGGCCGGCUGGCACCAUCCCCAAGGUGACCGUGAACACCAGCCUGCUGGUGCCCCUGGACCUCAAGGUGGACCCGACCAUCCAGCAGCAGAAGAACCAGGAGAAGGAGGAGAUGAAGGUCCUCAAUGAUAGAUUCGCCUCCCUGAUUGGCAAGGUGCAAGCUCUGGAACAGCGCAACCAGCUGCUGGAGACCCGCUGGCGCUUCCUGCAGACCCAGGAGUCGGCCCCCUUCGAUCUGGGGCACCUGUAUGAGGAUCACCAGUGUCGGCUCCAGGAGGAGCUGCGGAAAGUGAGCCAGGAGCGGGGACAGCUGGAGGCCAACCUGCUGCAGGUGCUCCAGAAGGUGGAAGAGUUUCGAAUCAGGUAUGAAGAGGAGAUCUCCAAGCGCACGGACAUGGAGUUCACCUUCGUGCAGCUGAAGAAGGACCUGGACACAGAGUGUCUUCGGCGGACCGAACUGGAGACCAAGUUAAAAGGCCUGCACGGCUUCGUGGAGCUGAUGAAGACCAUCUACCAGCAGGAACUGAAGGACCUGGAAGCCCAAGUGAAGGAUGUGUCGGUGACCGUGGACAUGGACAGCCGCUGCCACAUCGACCUGAGCGGCAUCGUGGAGGAGGUGAAGGCGCAGUACGACGCCAUUGCGGCCCGCAGCCUGGAGGAGGCCGAGGCGUACUCCCGGAGCCAGCUGGAGGAGCACGCGGCCCGCUCUGCUGAGUACGGAAACAGCCUACAGAGCAGCCGCAGCGAGAUCACUGACCUCAACGUGCGCAUCCAGAAGCUCCGAUCCCAGAUCCUCUCCAUCAAGAGCCACUGCCUGAAACUAGAGGAGAACAUCAAGGUGGCCGAGGAGCAGGGUGAGCUGGCCUUCCAGGAUGCCAAGGCCAAGCUGGCACAGCUGGAGGAGGCCCUGCAGCAGGCCAAGAAGGACAUGGCCCGGCAGCUGCGCGAGUACCAGGAGCUCAUGAACACCAAGCUGGCCCUGGACAUCGAGAUCGCCACCUACAGCAAGCUGGUGGAGGGCGAGGAGAGCCGGAUGGACCUGCCUUCAGCCACCGUGGUCAGCGCCACCCAGUCCAGAUCCAGAACUGCUGCCUCCAAGUCCAGCCUCUUGAGAGCCCCCUCCCGGAAGAAGAAGAACAAAAAAGGCCCCGUGAUCAAAAUCACCGAGAUGUCAGAGAAGUUCCUCUUGCAGGAGUCAGAGGCCUCAGAGUAAGGGGGCCGGACGCCAGGAGCCCCAGCUCACUCCCGCUGCAGCAGGAGGGACUUAAGCUAGACUCAAGAAAGCACCUUGAAGCCUUCUGCCUGGGAGGGGAGGCAAGCCUGAUCCCAAACCGAGAAGAGGAGGGUUCUAGCAACUGCUUUUCUGGAUGUGGGUUGCGGAGGGUGGGAGAGUCACUUCACUCCUUAUCGGUAUCUCACUGAUACCGCCAACCUCUGGCCAGGGCUUUUCCUGACCAGGUAAACCAGAAUUGGGGGCAGGUUUGUUUCCACCUCCUCACUCCUCUGAGGUUCCUCCCUGACAGAGGGCUCUGAUCCAAGUCCCUUUGACCCUUUGCCCGACCAUCGCCUUAUUCUCACAUCUCAAGCCUUGCCUAGCUUCUGCCUGGGGACUGAGAUCAGUGCCCAACCUCACCAGCCAGCCACGGCCCAGGAGCUGUGUGGGCACCCUCCCCGUAUCUGGAGUUACUGGGGAGGCUGGGUGCUGAGGACCCCUGGCUUUCCUGCAUCACCUAGGCCCCCCCAGAGACCUGACAGUAUUAGGGAGUGAGGAGGCACCCAGGGUGUUUGGGACCUGAGCCUGGGCCUCUGACAUCAGCUCGACACACCUGCCCCUGUUCCUCCUCCUGCGGGUCCCUCCCAGCCGGGCACAGUCAGAAAGGAGCACGCCGCCUCCGCCAGCUCCCAGCACCUUCUCCAGAAGCUAUUCUUGCCAUGAUGAACUCCCCAGAGGGAAGCUGGAUGGCAGCCUGGACCAGACAAGAGACUCAGACUCUCCUUGUCCUCCCUGCAUCCAGGGGUUCACCACGCUAUCUGGGAUCUGAGCUCCCUGCCCUCCCACCCCAGUAUUUCCUAGCCUGAAACUGCAUUUGGUACACCAGGUCCUAGAGACUCCUAGCCCAGCCCUGUCCUGAAACCCCAGGCCCAUCUCCCAUGAACCCCACUUGGUACCCAUCAGGCCAAAGAGACUUUGCAUUCAUUGGGGAGCUCAGGAACACCCCACGCCCGGCCCUCCCCCUCCAUGCCCACUCCCGUCUCCAGUGGGGCCAUGAAGAAGGCAUAGUCCAAGCAGAUCUGGGAGCUUCUGAGCCCGGGGGACAUGCUGGGGAGCCCCAAUGACAACCUUUAAAGGGCUCAACCAACAAGAAGAUAUGGGGCUGAGGGGGCACCCCGCCUUCCAACUCUUGGCUCUCAUCUUUGGGGCUGGCAGCUCCAGCCUCCCGCUCAGCAAGCCACCUUCUCCCCUCUCCUCUCCCCACCUGCCCUUUGUCUCCCCUCCUCUUCCAGCCCCAUCUUUGCUCCAUUGUUCUAGUUCAUCUCAUUUUCUAG